AUGCUCAUAUUCCGAGCCUUUGCUAGCAUUGCUAGCGUAGUAGCUUUGGUCGGGGCUGCUGAAACCAACCAGCCUAUGGACCUGGGCAGUGUACUCAGCAGGCAUCCCAAGCUUUCUACAUAUUACAAGCUGAUCAAGAAAUUUCCGGAUAUCCUGAUGCAACUACCCAGUUACGAUGGUGUCACUAUCGUUGCGCCUUCUAAUGACGCUUUUGAGCAAAUUCCAUACUCACCUCUUUCUAAAAUCUGGGACCCAAAUGAUGCAAAGACCGCCACCCCUAUCCUCCAGUACCAUAUACUGCAGGGCACUAUAAGCGCCAUGAAGCUCAAGGCAGGCCCUGCUUACGUCAAGCCCACACUGCUUAUGGAUCCCAAAUGGAGCAAUGUUACUGCUGGCCAGAACAUUCUCAUCAACAAGCAGCCCGAUGAUGUCGUCUUCAGCACGAGAUAUGGAAACCGCGCUACAGUCAUCAACUACGAUAUCGAGUUUCAAGGCGGCCUCAUUCAGAUUGUGGAUAGCCUGCUGAUCCCACCUUCUGGUAUCCUCAAUGUUCUCAUGACAAGCAAGGUUGAGUCGUUCCUUGGCGGGCUUUUCAAAGCUGGCCUCAUGCCCGAUCUCGCUGAUCGCAAAGACAUCACUGUCUUUGCUCCUAGAGAUCAGGCCAUGGAGAGCGUUGGAAGCACACUAAAUUCCAUGUCACCCAAGGAGCUCGCUCGCGUUAUGGGCUAUCAUAUAGUGCCUGGAAAAGUUCUGGUCUCGACUGAUCUUGAGAAUGCUACGUCUCUCAGGACAUUGGAGGGCGAGGAUACCUAUAUCCGUCAGGUUGGUAACGAGAAGUUCAUUAACUCGGCCAAGAUCAUAACAACCGACAUCCUCAUAUCCAAUGGCAUACUACACAUCAUUUCGAAUGUCAACAAUCCAAAGGACGCUGACGCUGUGCCCAACCCUACCCUAUGGGCUCAGAACCCCGUCUUUAAGUCUGCCGGAGCUGACGAUGUCUUCCAUUCGGCCAUCCCAUGCACCUCAGAUUGUCCAGUGACAAAUACACCAGCACCUACGCCAGUUGACCAAGCAGAGAAUAACGCAGCCACUACACCAUGGUUCAACACAAGGUCGAGCACUGGAGUGGCAGCGGCGCGGGCUACAGGACAAAUUGCUCGUGCUGCGCUGGGGAUCGUGGGUGUGGGUGCAGGUAUGGCAUUCCUAUAG